GCUACUGCAACUGGACUCUAACGGGAUUUCCAUGAGAAUUUGAGGUAUGUUGGGGGCAGGGUCAGGAGCAAAGGCUUGUUUCCUCCACUCAGUGGCCGCUCCUGCAGGGCUGGGCAACAGUGGAGGUCAUGCAGGAAGGUGUUUGCUGAAGACUGUGUUCUGUGACUUGAAGACGUGUGCUCCUCCCGUGAGUGGAAUGGAGACUAGACGCCACGUGGCUUGUUGGGAGCGACGUCCUGUGUGACCCUGUGCAUAGUAGGCUUACAGCAGAGCUAGUCCUUCCUUUAUAGAUUCUUUUCAGAGUUCACCUGCCUUUAGAUUCUCUGAUUAGCGCGUCUGAGGUGGGUCCCAGGAGUCUGCCACCUGACAGGCCAGGAGGUUCCCCGCAUGUGGCUGGUCCCCAGACACCCUGAGAGCCGCAGCUCAACAGGAUCACCUGAGUUUCUUAAAUGCGAGUCACCUGCCUUCCCUUCUCUGCUUUCACGCCUCCCCCAGGGUGGGCCAGUCCUGUCAGCCGCAGAGAUACCUGCAUGCUGGGGCUCCAAGGAGAUUGGGGGUGUGCCUGGUCACCCAGGGAGAUUUGGUGACUGAGGAUACUCUGUCAUAGUAGCCAAAUGUCCUUAUUUUUUCACUUUUAAUGAAGUUCAGUUAUUAGGUUUUUUCUGAUGCACAAUGACGUCCUUAUGAAAAACUGGUGAUCAAGGAAGCAAACAAGUGUGGGAAAAUGAUCCUGCCCUUAAACCUAAAAAAACAAUAAAACAGCAAAGAGCCCUGAAGAGCCCAUGAACCUCCUCAUGGGGGAGUGAGGAGAGACCUCAGCAAUGGCUUAAAAAAAAAUCAGAUAAUACUGAAGAAAACGUAAACUAAAUUUUGGGUCUCAUUUGGGUAAAGAGAUUGUGGUUUACGUUUUGUAGACAUGCAUUUUUACACUUAUUUAUUUUUCUUUGUUGGAUUUAGAAUUAGUUGCGAUAAACGUGAUUUUUUUAAAUGCAAAAGAAUUACUUGGGGUAAGUAUACGAAGUCUAAUCCCUUUGUGAUAUUUCUGUACUGUGAGACUCCAUAUACAAAAGUGAAGCCCAGACUGUCCGUCUCUAACGAACCGGAGAGAAGUGGUCAUCUCCUGCAGGCCGGUCUGGCCUCCAAGUGUCUGGCCAUCCUCCCAGUCUUGGGCACACCUGCAUCACUGGUGCUUCCUGCCAGGCUGUGACUCUGUGCCCAGGUUUCAGGAGCACAUGGAAGUUUUCCUGGGGGCUCCUGCUUUGUCCUGGCUCCUGGAAGCACAGCCUUUUGAUGAAGGACUGACUCCCCACUGCCAGGCAACUCGGUGACUGCCCCCCAGGCUGUAUUUCUCUCAUGGGGCGCAGAGAGUCUGCACGGUGUCCUGGCCCUGGAGCCAGCUCUAGGACUCCACGGCGGCCUUGCCUCUGCCCCUCAUCUGGGAACAGGGCAGUGGGGAGAAGGGAACCAGGGUCUCGCCCCUUCUGUGACUCAAGAACAUGGGAACACAUGGUCCCACUCCCUCGCACCAUUCAUAGCCCAAGGUUGUGUGAAGUAUUUAAGUUACUUUAUAACUUAUAACCCCCCUUGACAGUGAUGUAUUUUAUAUAAGCAGCACAUAGAAAGUGGUAAUUUAAUACCCUAUCAAGCACGAUCUAAACAAUAAGGAGCAGAUAUCACUGUAGAAAAGGUUACUUUCUCCAGGAAACAUUUAUCCACUGCAGAUGGAAAUGAAUCAUCGCUUCCUCCUUGGCUCCUUCUGAUGAGCCUGUGAAAUUCUGUCCUGUUCACCACUCUUACAAUUACAAGCGUAUACCUUUUUUCCUAUGACGUAUAUUUCUUGCCUGUUCACCACUGUUACAGUUACAAGCUAUACCUUUUCUUCUAUGAUGUAUAUUUCUUGAAGGCAUAGACUAAAUCCUAAUUCCACAGUAUUUGAUGCACAUACUCAAGAGAUAAUUGUUUGAAUGAAUGGGUUAAUGGAAAAUAGAAGUGGUGACAACUUUUAAUUCAUUAUGCCAAACUUCAGGUGCUUACAUGCAAAAUUUUAUGGUCCUUUGGAUAAACUGGGCUUCUGUGCAGGGUGGUUAGAGAUUGUGAGAAUGCGGCAGAUGGCUCUGUGGCUCUAGGCUCACGAAGGGCUUGAGGGACUUAGCGGCGGCACCUGUGUUGAAAACUCAAUUCCGCAAAUCCUGAGUGACCUGCCAGCACACACAGCUCUGCUUCCCAGCUGAUUUCUGCAGAGGCUUCUCCUGAACGCCCCAGGUGAACGUGAAUUCAGCCGGCACUGCUGGGCUUCCACAGCAAGUCAGGUGCAGGGAUGAGGGAGAGGAGGGGCAGGACCCAGCUCUUCCUGGGCCCCAGCGCCCGUGUGGGGACGCUGCCUGGCCUGGCUCUUCUUAGGGAGGUCAGGGAAACAGUGGCAUGGAGGGUCUGUUGGCAUGAACCUCUUGCUGAAACAUGGAUCCCAGGUCUGUGUGGGAGGCAAAAUAGAAAUUGAUGUGGAUAUCCUCAGUAACAUAGCAAAUAUGGGCUCUUCCCUAGGGUGGCUGACCCUCUCCCUCAUCUGCUGAGCAAAGGCUCGGCCUUCUGGGCCUCCACAAUGAGCUUUUCCCAAGCUCUGUCUACUCUGUGGAGAUGGCCGGAGCCAGGGCAGACAUGUGUUUGUCACUUUUUCUUGAGACAGAGUCUCGCUCUGUCGCCCAGGCUGGAGUGCAGUGGCGUGAUCUCGGCUCACUGCAAGCUCCGCCUCCCCAGUUCACGCUGUUCUCCUGCCUCAGCCUCCCAAGUAGCUGGGAGUACAGGCGCCACCACCAUGCCCGACUAAUUUUUUGUAUUUUUACUAGAGACGAGGUUUCACUGUGUUAGCCAGGAUGGUCUUGAUCUCCUGACCUCGUGAUCCGCCCACCUUGGCCUCCCAAAGUGCUGGGAUUACAGGCGUGAGCCACCGCACCUGGCCGGGUGUUUGUCACUUUUUGAAAGCUACAUUUAAGGGAUGAAAUAAACUGAACAGAAUUACUUAUUUUUGAAUAAUACUUAGUCUAUCAGAACACUUAAAUAUAGUUAAUGUAUUUGAAUAAUAAGGAAGAAAUUUCCCUCUCUGUUUCCAAAGCAAAAGUAUAAAUAACCUUUUACUUGGCAGGGACUUCACUCUAUUUCUAAAAAGCCAGCAAGCACUAUUCCUGAAAUAGACCGAUCUGUUCCUCUGCAUACACCCUAUUAACAUUUUAGCUACAUCUCUGCCGUAUCUUGAUGUGAUAGAUUGUAGAAAAUUUCUUGCUACUGGAACUUCACGAUGCUUUCCUUUUAAACAUCAGAUAGAAAGUAUGGAUAGUAAAUCUCAGAUUAGUUGCCAUUCUUGGUCUUGGUAGAGCUGCCACCGACAGCCCCCGUCAGUUACAACAGAGUGUUUCUCUCCAGCAACCCAGCUUAGAUUGCAGACUGAGCCAGGCUCGCCCAGGAUUCAGUGCAGCGUCUUCCAAAGCUGUAGCCACUGCUCUCAGAAGAGACUUGAGAAGCCCUCCCUUUGAUGCCUGCGUGUGGCUGUUCUCAGAUCACAGUAGCUACGGCAGCAUCUCAGGGGAUGCUGGCAGGGGUGUCCUGGGUAUGACACUGCGGCGGGGCCUGCAGCAUCUGAACGAAAUGGGCCGUGACAUUGAGCAGCCUAGGGGAGUCCAAAGCCACAUUUCAAAGGUGCAGUGGCCCGAGGUGAACCCCAGAGCCUGGCACUGAGGUGCCUGGAGUUGACCUGUCACAACUCCAUUGAGAGAGCUGGCUGAAUUCUGUACCUGCGUGGGCAAGAUGGCUGUGUUUGCUCUUGGACCCUUCCCAGGCCAGGGCUAGGGAGGUUGUCUGCACAGCUAGUGGAAGCUUGACUGUUCACACUCAGGGCUGAGUCCCUCACCUUUCUCUGAGCCCAGGGAAGAUGGACAUACUGCUGUGACACAGCCAGCCUGGCAGGAGGAAGGCGCGUGUGGGUUUGUGCACCGAGGCCUCCUUCCUCUUGAGGAGCAGGAAGGGCGUUUGGGAUCCUGCUUCCAGCUGCUUUCCCUUGCUAGAUUCUUGGCCUCGGGGGCCAGGAGAAGCUGAGUGCAGACCUGAAGCCUGGACCCCUUCCACAGCCUCCGCGGCGCUUGUGGUGGUGACAUUACACAAAAAGGAUAUGAAAAGAAGAGGUCAAAGUUAAUUGGAGCCUACCUUCCACAGCCUCCGACAGCGAAUGGAGCUGCCAUGGUUCGGUGUAGACUGCAACACAGUGAAGGAGCGCCGAGGAGAACAUUCCGCUCUGCCCACAUCGGGGUGUGCGACGUCCGAGAAGCCGCGGCUCGGGAGCGGGUGGCCAGCACCACAGGGAACCGGCCUCUGUUUUACUUUCGUUUCGGGGUGGACCAAGCUUUGCCGCAAGAGCGCCGGGCUCCUGUCACUCCUUCCUCCGCCUCUCGCUACCACCGCCGACGUUCUUCAGGGUCACGAGAUGAGCGCUAUCGGUCAGACGUCCACACGGAAGCUGUCCAGGCGGCUCUGGCCAAACACAAAGAGCGGAAGAUGGCAGUGCCUAUGCCUUCCAAACGGAGGUCCCUGGUCGUGCAGACCUCGAUGGACGCCUACACCCCUCCAGAUACCUCUUCUGGCUCAGAAGAUGAAGGCUCGGUGCAGGGGGACUCCCAGGGCACCCCCACGUCCAGCCAGGGCAGCAUCAACAUGGAGCACUGGAUCAGCCAGGCCAUCCACGGCUCCACCACGUCCACCACCUCCUCGUCCUCCACGCAGAGCGGGGGCAGCGGGGCUGCCCACAGGCUGGCGGACGUCAUGGCCCAGACCCACAUAGAAAAUCAUUCUGCACCUCCUGACGUAACCACGUACACCUCAGAGCACUCAAUACAGGUGGAGAGACCGCAGGGUUCCACGGGGUCCCGGACGGCCCCCAAGUACGGCAACGCCGAGCUCAUGGAGACCGGGGAUGGAGUACCAGUAAGUAGCCGGGUGUCAGCAAAAAUCCAGCAGCUUGUCAAUACCCUCAAACGACCGAAACGACCACCUUUACGAGAAUUCUUUGUCGAUGACUUUGAAGAAUUAUUAGAAGUUCAGCAACCAGAUCCGAACCAACCAAAGCCCGAGGGGGCCCAGAUGCUGGCCAUGCGCGGAGAGCAGCUGGGCGUGGUCACGAACUGGCCGCCGUCGCUGGAGGCCGCACUGCAGAGGUGGGGCACCAUCUCGCCCAAGGCGCCCUGCCUGACCACCAUGGACACCAACGGGAAGCCCCUCUACAUCCUCACUUACGGCAAGCUGUGGACGAGAAGUAUGAAGGUCGCUUACAGCAUUCUGCACAAAUUAGGCACAAAGCAGGAACCCAUGGUGCGGCCUGGAGAUAGGGUGGCAUUGGUGUUCCCCAACAACGAUCCGGCUGCCUUCAUGGCGGCUUUCUACGGCUGCCUGCUGGCCGAGGUGGUCCCCGUGCCCAUCGAGGUGCCGCUCACGAGGAAGGACGCAGGGAGCCAGCAGAUAGGUUUCUUGCUUGGAAGCUGCGGAGUUACUGUAGCCUUGACUAGUGACGCCUGCCAUAAAGGACUUCCAAAAAGCCCAACGGGAGAGAUCCCACAGUUUAAAGGUUGGCCAAAGCUGCUGUGGUUUGUCACAGAGUCUAAACAUCUCUCCAAACCGCCCCGAGACUGGUUCCCACACAUUAAAGAUGCCAAUAACGACACUGCAUAUAUUGAGUACAAGACAUGUAAGGAUGGCAGUGUGCUGGGUGUGACGGUGACGAGGACUGCGCUGCUGACACACUGCCAGGCCCUGACGCAGGCGUGCGGCUACACGGAAGCUGAAACCAUUGUGAACGUGUUGGAUUUCAAGAAGGACGUCGGGCUCUGGCAUGGCAUCCUGACAAGUGUCAUGAACAUGAUGCAUGUGAUCAGCAUCCCGUACUCGCUGAUGAAGGUGAACCCUCUCUCCUGGAUCCAGAAGGUCUGCCAGUACAAAGCAAAAGUGGCGUGUGUGAAAUCGAGGGAUAUGCAUUGGGCAUUAGUAGCACACAGAGAUCAGAGAGACAUCAACCUCUCCUCUCUGCGAAUGCUGAUCGUGGCGGACGGCGCGAACCCCUGGUCUAUUUCUUCUUGUGAUGCAUUUCUCAAUGUCUUCCAAAGUAAAGGCCUUCGACAGGAGGUCAUCUGUCCUUGUGCCAGCUCGCCAGAGGCCCUCACUGUGGCCAUCCGGAGGCCCACGGAUGACAGUAACCAGCCCCCAGGCCGGGGCGUCCUUUCCAUGCAUGGGCUGACCUACGGGGUCAUUCGUGUGGACUCGGAAGAGAAGCUCUCCGUGCUCACCGUGCAGGAUGUCGGCCUCGUGAUGCCUGGAGCCAUCAUGUGUUCAGUGAAGCCAGAUGGGGUUCCUCAGCUGUGCAGAACGGAUGAGAUCGGGGAGCUGUGUGUGUGUGCAGUUGCGACAGGCACAUCCUACUAUGGUCUCUCCGGCAUGACCAAGAACACCUUUGAGGUGUUUCCCAUGACAAGCUCCGGGGCUCCGAUCAGUGAAUAUCCGUUCAUAAGGACAGGCCUGCUGGGGUUCGUGGGUCCCGGGGGUCUCGUCUUCGUGGUGGGCAAGAUGGACGGCCUCAUGGUGGUCAGCGGGCGCAGGCACAAUGCCGACGACAUCGUGGCCACCGCGCUGGCUGUGGAACCCAUGAAGUUUGUCUACAGGGGAAGGAUAGCCGUGUUCUCAGUGACCGUGCUGCACGAUGAGAGGAUCGUGAUCGUGGCUGAGCAGAGGCCUGACUCCACGGAGGAGGACAGUUUCCAGUGGAUGAGCCGCGUGUUGCAGGCGAUUGACAGUAUACAUCAAGUUGGAGUUUAUUGCCUGGCCUUGGUGCCAGCAAACACCCUCCCCAAAACCCCGCUUGGUGGGAUCCAUUUGUCAGAAACAAAACAGCUUUUUCUGGAGGGCUCUCUGCACCCCUGCAAUGUCCUAAUGUGCCCCCACACCUGCGUCACAAACUUGCCUAAGCCUCGACAGAAGCAGCCAGAAAUUGGCCCCGCCUCUGUGAUGGUGGGGAACCUGGUCUCUGGGAAGAGAAUCGCCCAGGCCAGCGGCAGAGACCUGGGUCAGAUCGAAGAUAACGACCAGGCCCGAAAGUUCCUGUUCCUCUCGGAGGUCUUGCAGUGGAGAGCACAGACCACCCCGGACCACGUCCUCUACACGCUGCUCAACUGUCGGGGUGCGAUAGCGAACUCACUGACCUGCGUGCAGCUGCACAAGAGAGCUGAGAAGAUCGCCGUGAUGCUGAUGGAGAGGGGCCACCUUCAGGACGGCGACCACGUGGCCUUGGUCUACCCCCCAGGAAUAGACCUGAUAGCGGCGUUUUACGGUUGCCUGUACGCAGGCUGUGUGCCAAUAACCGUCCGUCCCCCGCACCCACAGAACAUCGCGACGACGUUGCCUACCGUCAAGAUGAUUGUGGAGGUGAGUCGCUCUGCCUGUCUGAUGACGACACAGCUGAUCUGUAAGUUGCUGCGGUCCAGGGAGGCGGCGGCGGCUGUGGACGUCAGGACGUGGCCCCUCAUCCUGGACACAGAUGAUUUGCCAAAGAAGCGGCCUGCCCAGAUCUGCAAACCUUGCAACCCAGACACCCUCGCAUAUCUCGACUUCAGCGUGUCCACAACUGGGAUGCUAGCUGGCGUAAAGAUGUCUCACGCAGCCACCAGUGCCUUCUGCCGUUCCAUUAAGCUGCAGUGUGAACUUUACCCCUCUAGAGAAGUGGCCAUCUGCCUGGACCCUUACUGUGGACUGGGAUUUGUCCUCUGGUGCCUCUGCAGUGUGUAUUCCGGGCACCAGUCCAUCCUGAUCCCGCCCUCCGAGCUGGAAACCAACCCCGCCUUGUGGCUUCUUGCUGUGAGUCAGUACAAAGUCCGAGACACGUUUUGCUCCUACUCCGUCAUGGAGCUGUGCACCAAGGGGCUGGGUUCGCAAACAGAGUCCCUCAAGGCGCGAGGGCUGGACUUGUCCCGAGUGAGGACCUGCGUGGUCGUGGCAGAAGAGCGGCCUCGGAUUGCACUCACACAGUCGUUCUCAAAGCUGUUUAAGGACCUGGGCCUUCACCCGCGGGCCGUCAGCACCUCAUUCGGUUGCAGGGUGAACCUGGCGAUUUGCUUGCAGCCUCAUAGGCUGUGGACCCUGGCCGAGCAGGGAACCUCAGGACCUGACCCAACCACUGUCUACGUGGACAUGAGAGCCCUGAGACAUGACAGAGUCCGCUUAGUGGAAAGAGGAUCCCCUCAUAGCCUGCCCCUGAUGGAAUCGGGAAAGAUACUUCCAGGGGUUCGGAUUAUAAUUGCCAACCCAGAAACAAAAGGACCGCUGGGGGACUCACACCUUGGAGAGAUUUGGGUUCACAGUGCCCACAAUGCGAGCGGUUAUUUUACGAUUUACGGAGACGAAUCCCUCCAGUCAGACCACUUCAACUCAAGACUAAGUUUUGGAGACACGCAGACCAUCUGGGCACGCACAGGCUACUUGGGGUUCCUGCGGAGAACUGAGCUCACAGAUGCAAAUGGAGAGCGCCAUGAUGCCCUGUACGUGGUAGGGGCACUGGACGAAGCCAUGGAGCUGCGGGGCAUGCGGUACCACCCGAUCGACAUUGAGACCUCGGUCAUCAGAGCCCAUAAAAGCGUUACAGAAUGUGCUGUGUUUACCUGGACAAAUUUGUUGGUGGUUGUGGUUGAGCUGGAUGGGUCGGAACAAGAAGCCUUGGACCUGGUUCCCUUGGUGACCAACGUGGUCCUGGAGGAGCACUACCUGAUCGUGGGAGUGGUGGUCGUGGUGGACAUUGGCGUCAUCCCCAUCAACUCCCGUGGGGAGAAGCAGCGCAUGCACCUGCGAGACGGGUUUUUGGCAGACCAGCUAGACCCCAUCUAUGUGGCCUACAACAUGUAGUCUCGUCUCUUGGCUUCCAUGGACUUUUCUAGAGAUGUAGACGUUGUUCUCCGUGUCCACUGAAGCGUGCAGACACAGGGCAACACUCACCAGAAUGCAGCCAUUUGUGGUGAGAGUGGAGGAGGAAGAGGAGGAAGAGAGGACUUCUCACAGCAGCCACGAUUGGCAUGGGGGUGAAAUGUGAAUUUACCACUGAAUUUUGCUCAGAAGGACUUUGGAUUACUGCCUUCAGUUCGUUGGAAAAGCCCAUUUCGAAAACUUUCUUUUCUUUUCUUUCUUUUUUAAUUAUUGGAUAAUAAGUGCUUUCUUCGUAAAUGUGGUAUUUUGUUAAGCCGAAAUAGCAAUUAAAAAAAUAUCCUGCCCUCCAGAUGGGUUCUUUUAAACAAUUUAUGUAGUGUGACAAAGAAUUGUUUUCUCUGUUUUAAUGUGUCAUGAAAUCUUAAUGACAUGGAUCUGUUACUAAUUUAAGCCAUUGCUAGAUCUCAUCCUUUUAGGAAAGUUUGAGGUACGAGAAAACCUUCCAAAUAGCACCUUCCAAUUAGAUAAUAGCAGCUUUCUUUGUCAGAAAUGUGCUGAAGAAACAAAGGCUGAUAUAUGGCCUUCGAAGUUAGUAUAGAAUGAGAAGAAAUUAUAAAUAAGGUGUAUUUCGGCAAUUAUCUUGCAAAUAUCUUUGUACUAAACUAAAAAGAUAAAAUAAGUUAACUUCCUCAAUAUGUAAUUAUGUACAAAACGUUUAAUUUAUUUUGAUCUCUUUAGAACUAUAAAAGAGAAAAACAUUCAAGAAUAUUAAAGUCUUGUAAUGUUUGCUAAUAUAAAAAAGUGUUGUAUUAUCUUGCGUGGAUAGUAUCACAACAAAUAUAUAUAUAUGAAAUAUAAAUUCACUAAUGAACAAAGGAGAUUUUAAAGUUUAAGAUGCAGAACUUGUCACUUGCAUGGUGUGCCCCCCCGUACUCACAUACACUCUGCUGUUGCCAGCAGUCACAGACCGCAGGAGCCCUGUCUAAAAGUUUCUUCUAGAACCAGAGACCAGCAAGUGAAAUUAUUGCCAUCUCAAGGAUGGUGAAAGAAUUCAAAGCUCAGUGUGCACUAUUUUUUUCUUUGCUGUGGGACAACAGUGAAUGUGUUUAUGCCAGCGUGUGCUGAUGAUACUGAGGGGCUUUAGGUUGGCAAAUAGCACUGUUUUCUCAGCUGCAAGAAUUCAUUGCACAAUGUUUUUCAUCAUUUUUGUUAAUGUCAUCUUUUUUUGGUCCUUGCUAUGAAAAGGAAUGCGAUUCUGUGGUCAUUUGCACUGGGUUGCAUUGAUUCCCCCUCUGAUGGCCAAUGUGGAGUGGACAAAGUGUCCGGAACUCACAUCGGUGAUCGUCCCCUCGUCUUAAGACCCAGCCAGCUCUGUGUGAGCCUCUGGGGCUCCCUCGCUCAGUGAGCACAGUUCCCCGGGGGUUCGUGCCAGAACUCCGGCUGAAGCAAGAAGUCCUCCAGCUGCGUCGUUUGCCGCCUGUGGACAAGUGCGCCCCAGUUUCUGCCCUGGCAGCUCCUGGCCACACCUUCUCAGAGCUCACCUGUGCACUUCUAAAUUGAAUUGGCCCACGGUGUCCAACCAAGAAGGAGCAUCUGCACUCCGAGAAAGAUGUGUUCUGUAACUGCCCCAUGUGACCCUGCAGUGGCUCUCGGUGCUAGAUAUGCAUGACUAAGAUUGAUGCUGGGCACAAUUUAGACGAUCUUUCAUUAUGUUGUGGGCAGCAUCUUUGUCUGCCUUUGCUAUAUGCAGUCAGCAGUAAGCCUUUUGCUAAAAGAGUUUUGUUUGACUUCUGAGAUCCAAGGCUGAUUGUUGUAAAAAAAAAAAAAAAAAGUAGCACAUUUAAAAAAAUUUGUCUGCAUAUGUGGUACAUUCUUCCAUCUCCACAAACCAUUUGAUUCUUGAAAUAUUGUUUGACCUCAUUGCUGUGUGUGAAUAUUUCUCCACAUGCUUCAGAUACACAUUCCUAGUCUCUGCUUCCUAAGGGGGGAACCACCACACAUAGGGGAAAAAAAAGACAUUUUCCUACACCCACCCACCUUGUUGAAAGGGAAGUAGGUUUGGGGCUUCAGGCCAGACACUGACUAUGAAACAUUAGCUGCAGUGUGCAGGACAGCUUUGAGGUCCAGCUGAAGUCAGGAAGCAAAACAAAUUUGGAUGUCACUUCAAACAUAAUUUUAACUGUCACCAAAUCAACUCUACGUUCAAGGAGUGUGGACGCUGCAGUGCAGUUGUGAGGGCAGUUAGCAGCAGCCUCUUCUGCAUCCUGUCAACUCUGAUGUUAGAGUUUAGGCUCAAAAGAGUUGGUGGACUGAGAUCGAAAUUUGGUUGUGCAAGAAACAGGAAAGGAGACACUUAGUACCACCAGUUUCAGCAAUAAAGAAGGGUCAUUCUGUAUUCGAAAUUGUACUGUAGAUAAAUCAUUCAUGAGAAUGUAAAAAAUGUUUGUCUUGUGACCUUGUGCUUUUGAAGUCAGACAAAACCGUGUAAUCAACUUGCACAAAAAGAGGGUACACAGUGAACAUAUAAACACAGACCUAAUCAAACAGGAGCAGAUUCCUCAUGGUGCUUGUUUAUUAUAUAUAUUUAAUCCUGCUUGACACUUUACCCAAGGGAGAUGGUCCCUUUUAUCAGUUGAAUGUUAGCAGCGUUAUUUCAGAGUGUGGUGACUGGUUAGAGAAAUUCAUGUAUUCAACCAGUCACAGUUUCAAACAAAAUUUUUAUGUGCAAAGGACAGCAACCUUCUUGUAUGUUAAACCACCAGUACGCUUUGUACAUCUGUGAUAACGCCUGUUUUAUAUUCAAAUGAACAAAUAAAAGCUUUUAUUUUUGUUGCUCUGAAAAUAGCAGUUUCUUAAUUGGUCCCCUGGAAAGAUGUCUGGGACAGCUUUAAUCCCAGAAAGGAAGUGACUCCUACAGGGAAAUGUAUCUGACUCUGUUUACAUAAUUUGUUGCAUUACUUAGUACAGAUAAUCAUACUUUGAACAAUGUUUAAAUUUUGAUGUGGGCAUUUAUUGCUAAAAAUAAUUCCUAUGGCAACAAAUGUUUUGUGAAAUGUUUUUUUAAAUUCUUUUAAAUAUAUCUAAAUAUAUUUGUUCACAUUUUG